GGUGAUUUGAGUGAGCAGUCGCCUCCCCUUGCGGCGGAACCAGAGAAGAGACCAGGGAGCUAUCUGAGCCUCUCCAAUCCAUUGAGGUUUAUUUUCUGUAUGUAUACAACUGAUCCUGCGGAGUUCUACACAGCGCCCUACAUCUCCUUUUCUUUUUUUGGAUCAAGCAUUUAUAUACCGCGCAGCGCUAGCCAGGGACGGUCAGUCACGCAUCUCCAGAUUUCAUUCACGCAACGAAAGUGUUUGUAG